AUGGCGGGCGCCAGCGCAGUGCUGCUUCUGGACGGUCGGGGGAAGGUAAUAAUAGGCCGCGAUUACCUCGGCGACGUUUCUCUGGCCGUUAGUGACAGAUUCGCCUGUCGGGUUCUUGAACAGGAUGAGGCGGCUGUAACUCCUGUAUUUGAAGACGAAGGAGUGACCUAUUGUUGGGUGAAGCUGAAAAAUAUAUACCUGCUAGCCCUCACACGCCGUAAUGCGAACGCAAUGAUGCUGUUGGCCUUUCUGCACAAACUGGGGUCUGUAUUGACGAGCUACUUUCACGAACUUGCCGAAGAAAGCCUCCGCGACAACUUCGUCAUAACGUACGAAUUACUCGAUGAAAUGGUGGAUAACGGAUACCCACAAACCACAGAGGUGAAGGUGUUGAGCGAAUUCAUCAAAAACCAGGCCCAUCAGAUGUCUACAGCCACCGUGCGCCCACCCACCGCCAUGACAAAUGCAGUUUCUUGGCGCUCUGAGGGUAUCGUGCACAAGAAGAAUGAGAUAUUCUUAGAUGUGGUGGAGAAGCUCGAUUUGCUUGUGGCUGCCAACGGAAACGUUUUGCGUUCUGAAAUCCUCGGAUCUCUGAAGAUGAAGUCUUUCCUCUCCGGCAUGCCGGAGCUGAAACUCGGACUGAACGACAAGCUGGUGCUGGAAAGUAGCGGGAAGUCAACGGGGAGAGGGCGAGCAAUUGAAAUGGAGGACGUGAAGUUCCACCAAUGCGUUCGCUUAGCGCGUUUUGAAAACGACAGAACUAUAUCCUUCAUCCCUCCCGACGGCGAAUGCGAGCUCAUGUCUUACCGCCUGCACACGCAAGUUAAGCCUCUGAUCUGGGUGGACUGUCAGGUGGAUACAGGCACAUCAGGCAGCCGCCUUGAGUACGUUGUUCGUGCCAGAAGUCAAUUCAAACCCCGUUCUGUUGCAGGGGGCGUCGAAAUACGAAUUCCUGUGCCUGCAGAUGCAGGCGCAGGGCACUUCAAGACGACCAUUGGCAGCGCGAAGUACGUGCCAGACUUGGACUGUCUUGUGUGGAGCAUUCGCCACUUUCAGGGCCAAAGAGAAUACAGCAUGACGGCCUCCUUUUCCCUUCCUUCUGUACAGGACGACUCAAGGCGCAACUUCAUGAGACGACCAAUUCAAGUGCUCUUUGAAAUUCCGUAUUUCACCGUCUCAGGCAUCACCGUCCGUUACCUCAAAAUAAUCGAGAAGAGCGGAUACCAAGCGCUGCCCUGGGUCCGAUACAUAACCCAAAAUGGAGACUACCAGCUUCGCCUCACUUGA